GCUCGAGCUUCGUUUUGUUAAGUUGCUUACUGCUCUGCUUGCUUUUGCCCCCCACACAGAGGCGCAACAGUUGUUCUCGUAGGGCGGAGAUCAAGUAUAGAAUUGAUAUGGAAAUUAUAUCCCUAUCCGCGUGUUAUUGAAGAUGGAAGAGUUAAACAAGAAGUUGAGUUUGUUAUUGGAAAGUACGAGCACACUCACGCUACCACGGGUAGAUGUACGCUAUACCUAUACGCUCCCCACAGCCAAGUGAACAAAUCCCCAACAAAUCUUAAACCAGUUUCAAGAUACAUAUUCUUGGUGUCAGUGUGUGCAUGUUGAUUUUUUUCUGGCAUUGUUUUCGUUUGGUUUGGUUUGGUUUGGUGUUUUGUGGCUCUGCAUCUUUUUUGUGUACCUUUUCGCCUGUUUCUGUUGCUCGGUUUCCCCCUAAUCGCGUUUCCAUUUUCUGGUUGCCUCUGCCCCUGCCUCUGCCCCUGCUGUUGGCUCUCGUCCAGGUCGGGGUCCGUCGGGGUCCAGCAAGAGCAACAGCAACAAGUACCCGGCCCGAACACACGAAAAGACAAGCCAAGAGCAACAGCUCAGCAUCUAACGUACUGUGCCCAAUCGGUCCAAUUUGAAUGCGGUCCAAUUCAAAGCAGCUCGAGAACCGGAGUAUCUCGCCCGAACAUUUCUGAAAGAUCACCGAUCAAAGACCUUCGAACCAUGUAACGACAACUCGAACGAUUCGACUAAACAACAGAAGCAACAGAGUUGCUUAGUAUUCACAGUUUCACAUCCAGAUAUCUCCUCAGUAUGUCUUCCGGCCUGAUGUCGUGUGUGAGGGAAAACUCGCCGCCGCUGGAGCUGGAGCUGGAGCUGGAUGCGAGUGCCGAUGGUCCAUUGUCACUGCCGGAGGGCAACAUCAGCAGGUCACAUGGAGGGCCCAGGUCUGGGCCUGGUCCCGCCACCUCCACGCCUAUUUCGAGCCCCGGAAACGAUGGCCACGAGCCCGCAAAUGUUCCAGAACAACAUCUCCAGCAGCAGCAGCAGCAGCAGCAGAAGCGUCGCCGCUUCCAUCCGCUUCGUAACCUGAGACGCAUCUUCCGGCGUCGCACCAUCAACAGCUCUGCGGACAGCCCGACAGCUUGCCAAUCCCCAACACCACCCGGACCUGGUCCUGGCUCCUGCAACACCCUGCCGCCGCCGGUCAGCAGCUCCAGCGAAAAGAAUUUGCGCAGUGUGACCGCUCCAGCGUCUUCGGCCAUCGCCUCCUCGUCGACUUCACCGCAGAACCACCAGUCGCUGGGCGAGAGCUACCAGACGCAGUCGCUGCCCAAGUCCAAGUCCUACGGAUCGCAUCGCGAUGAACUGCUGAGCGUGCUCCUGGGUAAGAAGAGGGCCAACAAACAGGCGCAACACAGCUCCGAUCACCAGCAGCAGCAGCAGCAGCAGCAGCAACAGUUUCCGGCGGACGCCAUGUACCAGACACAUCGCCAGCAGAUGGGCGUCGGCGUGGCCGUCUUUCCCGAGACCCGUAGUCUGAGCCGCAGCAGCUACUUUUCAGAGCAGCGGCACCAGCAGAGGCACCUGCAAAGCGUCGGCGACUCCUCACAGGAACUGGGCGUGGAGCGGGAGGGCAACAGCAAUGCCAGCACUGAUAGUGGUGGUGUCACCGCCGACAUCUCCGAUAGCCAGCGCAGCCUCAGCGAGGGCCGCCUCCUAGAUGUCGAUGGGGACUACUCUCGUGAGACUCUUUCGCAGUCACACGACAGCGUCUUCUCCGAAUCGGCGACAGCCAGCAGCCUGUCGAAUGUCCUGAAGGCGGAGCUCACAGACGUUCUGCGCAAGCGGCGCAAUCGACCCGAUGCCUCCGACGAAGAUCUGGGCCUGCCCCGCAGUCCGGCAUCUCCGCAGAGACGAGUGGCGGGAGGCCAGAGCCGCGGCGCCGCCCCAGGUCACAGUCAGCUCCGUGGACACAGCCAAAGCGAGGUGUCCUCGUUGAGUCUUCAGAGCGUGAACAGCGCCGAAGAAACGGAGGACAGCCAGAGUCACGGCCACAGCCAGAGCCACAGGUACCACUCGCGGGUGUCGACCAGCUCCUCCGUCUCGAUGGGCUCGGACAUACUGCGCCCGCACCACGAGGACGAGGUGGAUGCGGUUGGCACCGAGCGCCACCGGCUGUCCCAUGCGGCGGCCAAGCACAAGAUGGCCAUCAGACCCGCCAAGAAGAAGGGGCCCAGCAGACAACACCGCAGGACCUUGGAGUGCUCCAUACCUGAAGCCAACGAGGAUAUGCAGAAGACAUGCCCGGCACUGAGGGCAGUCCGCGAUGCUGACCUCAAGAGCAGGACGCGAUCUCUGCCGCCCAAGUCGUUGCCUGCCAUUGUCUCCAGUUCCAGUUCCAGUCCCAGUCCCAGUCCCAGCACCACAACCAUAACGGCCGCCCACUGUAGCUCCAGCUCUAGUUCCAUCACGACGAAGCGGACAAAAACCAUCGAGCAGGCGACAAGAACGACCACGUCUUCCAGCACGUCGCAGAUCUUUGGACUGCGAUCACCCACCACGACCACCACUACCAGCAUCAACAAGAAGGCGAACACCGUGCUCGAGAGUCGAGGCGAGUCCUCCACGGACGGUGACGAUGCCCUGGCCGCCAGCGAGAGCGCUGAGAGCGGACUCCUGAGGCGACUUAUCCACAGGAACUCAAAGCGCAGCAUUGCCCGGGCUAACGAUGGCCUCGAGGAUACCGACUCCAGCCAGAGCGUGGCCAAGAAGCUGCAGAUAUCCAGCUCCUGCCUGGAUGCGGCCUUCCGGGAGCCACUGCCGAUACCGGACAAGUCGCGCACCGCAACCAUCCACCAACAAAACGUGGAGCAUGUCCAGGAGAGUCGCCAGAUGAUCAAGCGUGAAAUCCACAACGAGGCCAGCCACAGUCACGGCCACGGGCGCAAUGCCAUAGUCAACAACUUAGGGGUAGGAAUCGGUAUCACUGCCCCGCCGCAGAUGGCGACCAAACCCAAGUCGGGACCAGCGGCUCGCCAACGAUACAUCCCUCAGGAGCUUGGAGCCAGCGCGCCCGCCGCCACUCUGAGUAGCAGCCACUCGAACGACGUGACCAAUCUACUGUCAAAGAGCACCCGGGGCAACGACACCUUCCAAUCCACAACCCUGGUGCUCGAGCAGCAGGUCAAGGCCGAGACCACGGAUCGAGCCCACUUCGAACGAAAGCCUCGGAUCGUGGGCCUCAGCGCCUUUCAGCAGAAGCUGUCACGCUCCAGUGACUCGAUGGGGCACAACUCCAGCUCCUCGAACUCGCUGGAGACCAGCACGGACGAGCCCUCGCCGCUGUACUACGAGGAGAAGCAGCGCAAGACGGUGGAGAAGUCGCGCAGUUUUCGCAAUUACCAGGAGGAGCGCGAGUCCGUGGUCGAGUCAACGGUCGUGCACAACCACAUGCCCAGUCUGCCCGAUCUCUCGAUCAGCUUCCGCCUGCCCUCAUACUACAAGCAGCCCUCGGCCCGCUCUCCGCCGCAGUCCCCGCGCUCCCCCCUUUCGCCGAACGCCAAGUGCGUGUCCCUGGGAUUUGAGAUCAACGACAACAAGCUGCUGCAGGGGCGCGCUGAGUCUGUGGGCCAGUUGCCGGCGCUGGCAAAGAGCUCGCUGCAACGGAGCAACAAGCUACUUGUCCAGUCCAGUCCCGGUCCAGCCAACAUCUCCCAGAUAGAGCAGAACAUCGACAUGAUCGUCAAGUCGCCCCUGGUGAGUGUCCUGCGCAAGUCGGCAACGGUCAGCGCGCAGCUAUCCGAGGAGCAGACCACUCAAACGGCCAAACUGCAGCCGGAGCGCCCAAGGCUGCUGGACCUCGGAAAGAAGAACAUAACCAGCACAGCCAUGGCCAUCUGCAGUCCCAGCCCGGCCAGCCCUCUGAGCAAGAGUGCCAAGCUCUCGCACAGUCCGCCCACAACUCCGGCCAAGAGCAGCUCUAGCAAUUACAGCAACAAUAACAUCAGCUGUGGGAGCAGCCGUCGCAACUCGAGCAACGUGGAGACUCCCGCGGAGCCGGAGUUCAUGAAGAUUCAGCUGAACCGCGUGGAUCAGGCGAGCCUGCACAAAAAGUGCAACCACCUAGUUCUGGCCAAGAACCUGAAAUCGCCCAGCGAGCGAAGCCAGAGCAACGACGACCUCAGCUCGAGGCGGAGCAGUGGGGCCAGCGUGGAGGUCGUGGAGCAGACAGGCAUACCCGUGGGUUCUAGCGCGGUUCCACUCAACCUUAGGCAGGCCCUGGAGCCGAAUCUGGGCAGGCAGCUGCGAUCUGUGAGCGCCUCCAGCGUGCGGACCAGCUUUGGCAGCAGCAGCGGCAGCAGCGAAGGACUCUCAUCAGCGAACACGCCUGCUACGACACCCAGUACACCAAAGAGCAACGGCAUCCCCGUUCCCAAGUUGGAGGCAGCACCGAGGGAGCAACAGAGCAGCCAGAAGGAGAGCAAAGUAAACCGCCUCUCGCUAGAGGAGCGCAAGCGACUGUUCCUCAACGAGGAGAGAACGGAACGCCCUGCGGUGGAGCAGAGGAAGCAGUCAAUUGGCAAGGCGGAGACGCCGCCGGCAGUGAGUGGUCCAGCUCCUGCCACUCCGCCGAAGACACCGGAGCUGACCGAAGUCAAUGGCAAUGCCAAUCCCGUGGUGCUGCGCAAGAAGUCCUUUGCUAGCUGCAAUGGCAACCCCUCGCCAAACAAGGACGACCCCACGCCGGAACUGAUGAAAGUGUUUGCCCGCCGUUCGCUCAAGGUGAAAGAUGAGGAGGUGGUAGCCCCUUCCCAGUCAGUGUCCAAGAAGAUAUCAGCGCCCAUAGGCAGCCAGAGUGUGGACAGUGACAAGGAGAACCAGUCCAACAGCGAGGAGAAGCUGGACAAACUGUCGCCCAAAUACGAGGCGCAGAUCAGCGGGGAGUUUACCAAGACAGCCUCCCAACAUCCCAGCAACAACCGGAACUCGGUGGACUUCCGAAAUCUCAACACAAGCAGCAACCACAACAAUAACAACAUCAGCAGUAACCUGCAGAAGGCGGUCAAUGGACAGCAGAAGGUGGUUACCUACCUACCCCCCAUCAAGGUCAGCAAUGGCGUCCGGAACAGCAACAACAAUGGAGGCGCCAAGCCCGCGAGCGAUCGCAUGUCCUUGCAAAUGAAACAGACUACCCCAGCGACAGGAUCAGUUCCGGCGGUGCCACAGGCAGCUCCACACACAACUGCUGCCUCCACUGCAGGGUCAGUGACGCAAGCCACAGGUGCCAUGUCCAUGUCUGGCAAGCCAAUCGAGCGAUCGGCGACAGUGGGCGAGUUCAAGGGCAUCCAUCAGCGCCGCGCCGAGUGGGAGCAGCGCGCCAAGGAGGCCCUCAAGUAGGAAUGCUUUCUAUAGACUGGAAGAAAUCAACUAAAAAUAUAAACAGAAUAAUCAAAUUAUGACUACUCGUAUAACCAUAAAACUUAUACCCUAAAACUGUAAAAAGGAGGACCACAGAUCCAAGUUACGGGAGCUGCGACCCGAAUACACUCAAGCGUCCAUCCAAAGAAUCUUGCAGCGUACUCGGGUUCUGCUCCCGCAUCACACUAGUAAAUAGUAACCAUAUAUCGAUCUUCAACAAGUGACUAGCGUAUAUUUAUUUAUAGUUUUUCUGCAUGUUA